GGCUCCUGGAUUCCCCCGGGAGGCUCCUUGCCUUGUGAGUGGGUGCGGGGCGGUGUGGGCCGGGCAUGCGCAGAGCGCGCGGGGCACGGUUGCCGUGGCAGCGCCGGCUGGAGCCGAGGGCAGCGGGUGCGGCGCCGGGACCGCAGCGGUGUGAGGCGGUGACACUGAGACCCGAGAGCUCGUGGUCCGGCCAGAGGCAGCCCAGGGCAGGCCUGAGCGGCAGGGCGCGUCACCCGGCCGGCCGGGAUGCGGGACCGGCUGCCGGACCUGACGGCGUGUAGGAAAAAUGAUGAUGGAGACACAAUCAUUGUGGUUGAAAAGGAUCAUUUUAUGGAUGAUUUCUUCCAUCAGGUUGAGGAGAUUAGAAACAAUAUCAGUAAAAUAGCUCAAUAUGUGGAAGAAGUAAAGAAAAACCACAGCAUCAUUCUUUCUGCACCAAACCCAGAAGGAAAAAUAAAAGAAGAGCUUGAAGAUCUGAACAAAGAAAUCAAGAAAACAGCUAAUAAAAUUCGAUCUAAGUUGAAGUCCAUUGAACAAAGUUUUGAUCAGGAUGAGAGUGGGAACCGAACUUCAGUGGAUCUUCGGAUACGAAGAACCCAGCACUCGGUGCUGUCUCGAAAGUUUGUGGAGGUCAUGACCGAGUACAAUGAAGCCCAGACUCUGUUCCGGGAGCGCAGCAAGGGGCGCAUCCAGCGCCAGCUGGAAAUCACUGGGAGGACCACCACGGAUGAGGAGCUGGAGGAGAUGCUGGAGAGUGGGAAGCCUUCUGUCUUCACUUCUGACAUUAUAUCAGAUUCACAAAUUACUAGACAAGCUCUCAAUGAGAUUGAGUCUCGUCACAAGGACAUCAUGAAGCUGGAGACCAGCAUCCGGGAGUUGCAUGACAUGUUCAUGGAUAUGGCCAUGUUUGUGGAGACCCAGGGUGAAAUGAUCAACAACAUAGAAAGAAACGUUAUGAAUGCCACAGACUAUGUUGAACAUGCUAAAGAAGAAACUAAAAAGGCUGUUAAAUAUCGCAGCAAAGCAAGGAGGUGUGGAGAAGACGGACAUGUGCCACCAAGUAGCUUCUGGAGUGCUUGUCACCCACUCCUUCCUGAAGAGGACUGUGCCUUUCUUAGAGGCUGAUGGCUCAGUGCAGAUCAGGGGAUGUUUCCAAGGUGUUAGGAAAAAUCAGAGUCGGGUUGUAUGUGCGUGUUCACCCGUGAGUAACAAACUGCACGUGAGCAUUCUCAGCUAGGACGCGUGUCUGGGCUGUUACAUUCGCCCAAGAAGCACAUUUCGUGUGGCCUUAGGCAUAUCUAAAUAUCUAAGUAAAGUAUAAGUCAUCGUUUCUCACAUUAUUUUAUGUGAUUGCUUCUUAAAAUAUUGAUUCUUGGUGUAAGUUGAGGGGAUAGUGAUAAGAUAACCUGUAUCUGAUGCUAAGCUUAGUUCUGGGCACAAAGUUGACUUUCAUUAAAAAGGGCAGCUCCCUUUCCUUUUUCCAUGACCUAAGCAUGUCAAUCCAAUGAAAAUUUUAGUAAAAAUUCUUUGGUUUUACUAAGAAGAAAGAUGGUGGAUAUGAUACAUUUUCACUCUCACCCCACUGGCUUUUUGGAGGGCGCUUGGAGUCUGCACAUCCCCAGCGUAUAACCUGGUCCGAGACAUGAUGCCUGCCUCAGAGGGUAUCACCGUCUGUUUGAUGAAAUGCCUGGUAACCGAAGCCACCAGCUGGUUCCUGUGCCGCCACUGCCGCACGCGUGCCUACUGCAUCUGCCCCACACACUGGUCCUCCAGCAUGUCCUGUGCUCGGGCCCAGUGGAGCUGCUUGUGGCCUCAGGGACCAGGCGGCGCCAGUCGGAAGGUUGCCUCCUAUAUGGUGUUAGGAGCACCAGCAGCACACAAAUCAGAGGCACAGGCCGCCUCGAGGGCGUAGCAGAUGGGGAGCCGUGUGUCUCAGUCCAUCAGAAGGUGUCAAGAUAAAUGAUCGUGCUUCUCCCCGUGGAUGAAACCUACUGCUCUAAGGGUUAGAUAGCAAUUUAUCUCCAACUAGUCUGACUUUAUUAAAAGUCGCUCUUUUUGAGAACUAAAAAUUGCCAAACAGGAUUAAGCAUAUGUCCUAUAACUUAGACUUUACAAUGAGUUAUGGAUCGUUUUAUUUUAAGUGAAGGAUGUCUUUUAAUGUGGCCAGGUGAAAUUAACCAAUUAACCAUGAUACAAUCAGCUUGCUUUUCUUUGACAGAAAAAAGUGGAUAAUUGUUGCGGUGUCAGUGGUUCUGGUUGGCGUAAUUGCUCUGAUUACUGGGUGGUCGGUUGGUGUCAGUGGUUCUGGUUGGCAUAAUCGCUCUGAUUACUGGGUGGUCGGUUGGCAGAUGAUGGUGUAGAGAGCGUCACUGUGCAUGCCUGUCUGCCGGCCUGGCAGGAAGUAACUAAUUAAUUCAUUUACUUACUAACUCUCACAAUUAACCAAUAAUAGUGCUUGCCCAAUUUAAAUAGACUUAAAAAUAAUAAAAUUUUACUCCUAUCACUUCAGGGUAACAGUGUGGCCAGCAACAGUGCUCUGGUCUCUUCGACCUUUUGUUUUCAGUGUGGGGAGACCAUUUCACUCCUUCCCUUUGUUAAAUGCCGCAGCCGUAGCAGCAAAGAUUAAUUCUCAAUUGAAAAACUAACAUAUGAUAAUUUCUCUCUCAGAUUUUAACUUUUAGAAUAAUUGCAACAACUGAAACAAAAACUAUGUAUUUUUUUGGUUAGUAUAGUUAUCAAUUCUUAAUUAAAAGAUUCUGAAUAUAAAAGAUCUUCAGUUUGUUUCAAGGAUCAUUUUUUGUCUGCUAUGUGAGUAUCACCUUGCCUCAAACUUCAAUUGAUGUUGAGUUUUCCUUCUGAUUUUCUUUCUUUUUUUUUUUUUUUUCCUUCUGAUUUUCUUAUGCGUGGGGCUUAGCACUUAAAUUGGAAUGCUGUCAGGUAUAUUAAAUGUGGAAGUACCAGUUAUGUCUUUGUAAGUGUCUGUCAGAGUAAUCAUUAUGACAAGAAUACUGCCCUGUGUCCCAGGGUGUCUGGAUUGGGACAGGCUGUCCCUGAUUUCGUUCUUGUGUGUGGAUGCGACUACAGACUGCAUAUGGCAAGUGCAAGUUUCAAGACUGCUUUUCAGUCUCUAAGAUGUAUUUCUGUUACACUUACCAGUUCACGUGAGAAGCUUUUGAGUCAGUGUCCUGAUGUUUAUGUGAGCCAGAUGGCACUUGAAAUUAUUUCAGUGGCAAGCUCUGGGGCAUUCUUUUUGUAAGCUUCCAGUCUUUGGAAGGCAGAGAGCACUCUGAGCACUGGUUUUAUUUAUUUAUUUAUUUUUAUUAAAUCAUAGCUGUGUACAUUGAUAUGAUUGAGCACUGGUUUUAUUAGGCAGAAUGUUUAUAUGUCUUUCCUAAAUCUAUCUUCUUUCCUCUGCUGACAAAAUGGACUAUGUGAUUUUUUUCAUUGGUAUAAUGGAAUUUUUGAAUAUUUUUGUAAUUCUUUCUAAAAUAUGCAGUUUCUUUUACCUAGUGGUCAUAAUAUGGUUAGUUUAAUGUGGUUUCACUGAAGAUAAAAUUACAGUUUUUAGCAUGGAUGCAGUGAAGGGCACUGCUUUUCUCGGGUGCAGCUGAGUAUUGAUGUUGACUAAAGAAGCCUCCUCUCCGUGGUCUCUGGAGAGUGGGGCUUGCGCCUGUGUGCCGGCCUGGCUGGCCAUUUCAACCUACUUCGAAAGAAUGGACAUGAAAUGAUCUUCAUUCAUAAGAAACAGAUCAGUACCGUAUACAAAGGUAUUUGGUGGUACCUCAUCUAUUGUGCAUAAUACAGUGGUACACUUUAAAACUAUUAAGAGUAGAGUAUAAAUGUCUUACCACAACAAAUAGUGAGGUGAUGGUUAUGUUAACAAGUGUGAUGUAAGCUUUCCACAUUGUGUAUCAAAUUAGCACCUUGUGCCCCAUAAAUGCCUUAUGAUUUAAUAAUAAAAAAGCUUAAAUUUGUUUUUCUACCCUUUAGCAAAUUGCCUUCCUAUAGGUUGGGCACUGUACCCCCCUCGUCUGCCCUGCAGGAUGGGCAGGGUGCAUGGCUAUUUUACAGAGGUGACCCUGAUCCCUAUCACAUGGGGGGAUGCUCUGUUUCAUAUGUGAGGAGACAGGUGGAGAUUUAUAGACAUUGGUGAUAGAACCAUGACUUCAGCUCCAAACUGGCUUGACUUCCAGCCUAUACUCUCUCCAUCACUAAGGAGAAGACCAAGCUUUGGUUAGAACUGUCACCCGAAGAUUAGACGCCACCUGAUUCCUGUACUCCAAAUGCCUUACAGUCAGUCAGUGAUCAUCUGAAAGCCGGAGGUGGCAGGAGAGCACACAUAUGAAGCAGCCAGGUGCUUGGCAGACACCAGAGCACACAUCUAGGGCAGGCAGUUUUCUAAGGGGACUCCAAGAAGAGUGAGGGCACCUGUUGCCAUCCUGGGAGGUAUUACCAGCCAAAGGAAAAGACAUUCCCCUAGAAAGGUGCUAAGAAAGGUUUAUAGUAAACAUUGAAGGAGGACAGUAGAAGGUUGAGGCUUUCCAGGGAGUGUUUGGGAGUACAGGAUUCAAAGGAGCAGGGGGUCCCAAAGGCAGCUGCCAGGCUCCCUGAGUUCACUGUGGGGCCUGGCCUUGCUCCUCUCAGUUUGCUGAUUCUGGCUCAGCAUGUAGGAUUUCUUAGAUUAAAAUGUGGCAUGUUUUGUAACUGUAAUGUAAAAUGAUGCUGGGCCUACAUGUGCCCACCACAAUGCCCAGCUAGUUUUUUUAGAGAUGAGAUCUCACUCUGGCUCAGGCUGAUCUCAACUCCUGAGCAACCCACCUGCCUCAGCCUCCCACAGUGCUAAGAUUACAGGAAUGAGUCGCGGUGCUUGGCCUAUUUUUGUAUCUUUCUUCCCUUUUGUUUCAGACAACUGACCUGGAGUUGUGAACUUAAAUGGAGCCUAGAUUUCUUAAACCAAAGAUCUAACUUUCAAUUGUGUGACGAUGCUUGUUAGUUGAAAAAAAAUUUUAAUGCUAUAUUGUGAACACAGUGAAAGACUGAGCUAAUGUCUUGUUGGUUUCUUACAUAUAUAGCUUCAUCAUGCUUAAAUGUAAGAAAAGGGAUAGAUAGGGUUUUUUCAGCCAAUGAGAAAUAGUUUCAUUUAAAGGUUUUGUUUUUUUUUAAUUUAUUUAUUUUUAUUGUUAAAUCAUAGCUGUGUACAUACAUUAGUGCAAUCAAGGGGUACAAUGUGAGGGUUGGGGCAGUUCUGGAAUUUUAUUAUGAUCAAGGAAAGUGCUUAUUAUGAGCUCACAUGGUGCCUUUUCCUUCCAGGAGCAAAUAGUUGUUUUAAUGACACAUAAUUUGUUAAAGUAAUUUAAUUUAAUAUACAUGUAUCUAGAACUUAACUUUUGCCUUUGGAGUUUUCUGUUCCCUUUCCUUUUCUGUGAUCUUAAGAGGUUCUUUCUUGAUAAUGGGCUUUUAUUUUAAACUGUCUUAAAUUCCAGAGGGAUUUUGUUAGCAGAUGAUAUAGUUGAUUUCGAUACAUUGCAAAUUAAUAUAUUUUUAAUC